AAAACAUCAUGUAAAUUCAAUUGUAGAAAUAUUUUUCCAUGAAAUGGAAUUUAAAUUGUCAUUAGUAAAAAAAGCCCUUGCAUGGAUUUAUUCGAUUAGAAAAAAUUGGUGUGCUUGACAAGAGCAUAGCAACGCAACAAAAUUUCUAAGCCAAUAAAAAACCAUUAUGAUGUAGUAUGUACACACAUGUACUUUUAAAAAUUAUAUAUAUAAAGUCGAUGACAUUUGUUGUUUACACGUAACCAUAGAUACAAAAUUUAAGUAUCAAUAUAAUAACUAUAACAUCAACCCAGUUAUUUUCUCACCUUUCAUUUAAACAACAUCAGUAUGACGAUAAGGUCGUGUAUGUCAACAUUUUCGUUAUGGCAACAAGUAAUAUUUUUAUUGCUUCUUUUUUUUACAAUCAAAACAAGAGCAUUAAAUUGCAGCAAUAAUCCUUGUACUUAUGGAAUUUGCCUUGAUAAUAAAAACAGUUAUGCUAUUGGAGAAUUUAAUACAUACUCAUGUUACUGUAUUGAUGGAUACACAGGACUUAAUUGUGAAAUUAAUUGGGAUGAUUGUUGGUCAAAUCCAUGUUUAAAUGGUGGUACUUGUAAUGAUGGUAUUGCAUACUACAACUGUACAUGUCCUGAUGGUUUUAUUGGAACAAAUUGUGAAGAAAUAUUUAGUGAAUGUAUGAACGAGCCAUGUUUUAAUAAUGCAACUUGUAUUGAUAAUAAUGGAAAAAUAACUUGUCAAUGUCAAGAUGGUUAUUAUGGAAAUCAUUGUGAAUUUGAUAUGAAUGUAUGUAACAGUACAAUAUGUAAAAAUAAUGGUGAUUGUAUUGAUGGAGCUGGUUAUUCAUUUUAUUGUCAAUGUCAAGAUGGUUGGAUAGGAGAAUUUUGUGAUGAUGAUGUUAAUGAAUGUGAUAAUUUACCAUGUCAAAAUAGUGGAACAUGUAUUAAUAAUCCUGGAAGUUAUACAUGUGCAUGUUUAUUUGGAUUUACUGGUAAAGAUUGUGAUCAUGCAGUUAUUGAAUGUUAUGAAAAUCCUUGUUAUAAUAAUGCAAUGUGUCUUCUUGAAAAUAAUGAAACAGUAUGUUACUGUGUUCCUGAUUAUCAUGGACAAUUGUGUGAAUUAAAAUAUAAUGAUUGUGAAUCGAAAUUUGCCAAAUGUGAUAAUGGUGGUACUUGUAUAGAUGGUAUUAAUAAUUUUACAUGUUCAUGUACAUAUCCAUAUGGUGGUGGAAUGUGUCAAGAUAUUGUAUCAACGACAACGACAACAACAGUAGCAACAACAACAGUAGCUGAUGAUUUAAUUGAAAAAUCAACAAUAAUUAUUAAUACAUCACAAAUAAGCUCAACUGAAUUAAAUUUUUUUACAAAUGAGGUAACUAUUAAUUCGACUGAUAAUCAAAAGACUGAUUUUGAUGAUGAUAAAUUAACUAAAAAUACUACCUCAUACAUGACAAUCAAUGAUAUUGAAACAACAACAACAGCAACAACAAGUGUCUUCCAAUAUUAUGAUAAUUCAACAAAUAUUUUGACUUCAACUGAAUCACCAAAUACAACAAUUAAAUCAUUUAAUGAGACUGCAACUAGUUAUCCAUUAAGUUCAUCAGCAUCAACAACAUCAAUACCAUCAAUUGAAGAAUCUACAUAUUUUUCAAAUGAAAUAACAACAAUAAAAGAUAUACCAAGUUCACCAAGAGGUAUUUCUAAUGAGCAUCAAACAACUGUAGAAAGUUUAACAUAUUCAUCUUGGACAGAUGCUUCAACAACUGAUGUUGAUUUUGAUACUUUUAUUACAAUGCAACCAGUAACAAUAACUGAUAAUUUAACAUCAACAAUUAGAUCUACAUCAGCAACUAAAUUUACUUCUGAUAUAUCAACAAUGUAUUCAACAAGUUCAACUAAAAUUGGAAAUAAUUGUUCAACAAAUUCAAAUGAUAAAAAUCAAUGUGAUUGUAGUACAAGUGAUUGUUAUGAUAAAUCAAAUAUAAAAAUAGCAGCAUUUAAUGGUAAAUCAUAUAUACGUCAACAAAUAAAAAUUAAUGAAAAUGGAAUAUUAAAAAUAUAUUUAAUGCUUAAAACAAAAUCAAAAAAUGGAAUAAUUUUACAUGCAUUUUUUGAUGAAGAAAGAUUUAUAUUAUUAUAUAUGGAAUUUGGACAAUUAAAAUUUCAAUUUUCAUGUGGUUUACAAACAAUGUUACUUGGUGAAAUUGAUACACCAAUUAAUGAUGGAAAUAAUAUUACAAUUGAAAUUAAAUUUAGUUAUUUAAUUGAUAAUAAUAUUGGUAAAUGUUUAGCUAAAUUAUUUGUUAAUAAUACAAUGGCAAUGAGUGGUGAACAAAUGUUAUCAUUAUAUGAAGCAAUACCACAUGAAGUACGUUUACAUCUUGGUGGUAUACCACAAGUAUUUUCACAUUAUUUUCCAAGUUUUUCACUUGGUUUUAUUGGUUGUAUGAGUAAUUUAAUAAUUAAUGAUAUUGAAAAAAGUUUUAUUUAUGAUUCAGUAGAAACAUAUCAAAUUGAUGAAUGUACAUCAUUUUUAUGUUUAUUAAAUCCAUGUAAAAAUUUUGGUUCUUGUAAUGAUUAUAAGGGUAAAAUUUAUUGUAAUUGUAUUGCUGGUUAUACUGGUGAUAUGUGUGAAAAAACAGCUUGUGAUGAUAAUCCAUGUUAUCAUGGUUCAACAUGUAUUAGUUCACCUGGUACUGGUUUUAUUUGUGUUUGUCCAAUUGGUAUGCAUGGUCUACUUUGUGAACAAGCUUCAGUAAUUGUUCAGCCAUCAUUCUCAGUAUUUAAACCUGGUUUUUCAUCAUAUGCUGCAUAUGGAAUUGAUUCAGAUAUUAAAAAUGAAAUGGAAAUAAAUAUGAGAAUAUCACCACAAUCAAUUGAUCAAAUAUCACUUAUUGCAUUUAUUGGACAGGGUAGAUCAAGUCAUGAUAUUACUGAUCAUUUUGCUGUUACAUAUGUCAAGGGAUAUAUUAUGUUGACCUGGGAUCUUGGAUCUGGAGUCAGAAGAAUUUUUACACCAAGUCCAUUAACAAUGAGAGCACAACGAGCUCAUAAUUUACGAAUUGGACGUCGAGGAAGAGAAGCAUGGUUAUCUGUUGAUGGAAUUACAAAUGUUACUGGUCAAGCUGUUGGAACAAUGACUCAACUUGAUGUUGCACCAAUUCUUUAUAUUGGUGGACACAAGUCAAGAAAUUUUGAAAAUUUACCACAUGAUUUACCACUUCAUACUGGUUUUACUGGUUGUAUAUUUGACGUUGAAAUUAGAAGUGAUAAUUCAGUAAUAUCAUUAACAAAAUCAAGUCCAGUAAGUGGUCGUGGUGUUGGUGAAUGUCAUCGUAAUGAAUGUUUUCAUAAUUCAUGUAAAAAUGGAGCUGUUUGUCUUAAUCAUGGACCAACAUAUAGUUGUAUAUGUAUGAAAGAAUGGCAGGGUCCAGAGUGUAAUACACCAUUAUUAAAAUGUUCAUCAACAAAUCCAUCAUGCAAUGGUUUUAAUAUAUAAAAACUUUUGAUAUAAUUUUCAGUAGUUGAAUUUUUAAUUAAUAAAUAGUUGAUUAAUAUUAUUUAAAA